AUGGCGAAUGACAGGCCGCCCUACGCUCACCGGCGAUGGACGACUAAUUAUUCCGCUCCGAAGUUCAUCUUCUGGUCCGCCGUCCUCGCCGCACUCAUCCUCCUACUCCUCUUCCGCUCGCCGCCACCGGACGCCACCGCGCUCGAGCGCCGCGCCGUCGAGGCCUGGGGAGGCUCGGUCUGGGAGCGCCGAGUCCUCGACUCGGCGCGCUCGAGCUCCGGCUCGCCUUCCUACGCCGCCGGUCCGGGACACCUCUCCAUCCUCGUCACCGGCGCCGCCGGAUUCGUCGGCAGUCACGUCUCCGCCGCGCUCAAGCGCCGCGGCGACGGCGUCGUCGGCCUCGACAAUUUCAACAACUACUACGACCCUUCCUUAAAGCGCGCGCGCCAGAAGCUACUAGAAGACGCUGGAAUCUUCGUCGUCGAAGGCGACAUAAACGACGCCGUCUUGCUCCGCAAGCUAUUCGACCUCGUCGCCUUCACGCACGUCGUCCACCUGGCUGCUCAGGCCGGCGUCCGUUACGCCAUGAAAAAUCCUGCCUCCUACGUCCACAGCAACAUCGCCGGCCUCGUCAACGUCUUCGAGGCCUGCAAAGCUGCAAAUCCUCAGCCAUCAAUCAUUUGGGCAUCUUCCAGCUCUGUAUACGGUCUCAACUCCAAGACACCGUUUUCAGAGAAGGAUCAAACAGACAGGCCAGCAAGUCUGUAUGCAGCCACAAAGAAGGCCGGCGAAGAGAUUGCCCACACCUACAAUCACAUCUACGGCUUAUCCAUCACCGGCUUAAGGUUCUUCACCGUCUACGGCCCCUGGGGCCGUCCUGACAUGGCUUACUACUUCUUCACGAAGAACAUCCUCAAAGGAAAGCCGAUAACAAUCUACGAGGCGCCCGAUCACGGCACAGUGGCGAGGGAUUUCACCUACAUCGACGACAUUGUGCAGGGCUGUUUGGCUUCAGUAGACACAGCACAGAAGAGUACAGGGAGCGGAGGGAAGAAGAAAGGGCCAGCGCAGCUAAGGGUGUUCAAUCUCGGGAACACGUCGCCUGUCCCUGUGUCGAAGCUCGUCAGCAUAUUGGAGAAGUUGCUGCAGCAGAAAGCAAAGAAGAAUGUGCUGCCGCUGCCGCGAAAUGGCGACGUGCUGUUCACCCAUGCCAACAUCAGUUAUGCAAUGCAGGAGCUACAUUACAAGCCCACAACAGAUUUGCAGGCUGGAUUGAAGAAAUUUGGUGCAAUUCCCCCUACCCUGCUCUCCCUCUUGGUAAUAUUUGUGGGUGGUAGGGAGGGAGGGGGGGAGUUCUUGGACAAUGAUGGGAAGCUGUCUCAGAGGAAAAGAAGUCCAAAAGGGAAUUCUUUUUAAUUCAUUUCUAUCGGCUUUAUUUCCUUCCUGCCACUUUAGAACACUGAUUUGUACUUUUGGGACCAAACAUUCUUUUUGUGGUAAUUAUGGCUUUGUCAUUUCUUUGCAUAUUAUAAUGAGGCUUUCUUGUAGUGAUGACAUGUUUGCCUACUCUUUAGGACAGAAAUUUUGUGGAUUAUUCUAAUCAUAGGAGUUGUC